GUUGUUGAGUAGCUUAUUAUGUUCAACUCGAAAGCAAUUGAAUUGAAGUUGCGUGUAAACCCUCAAUGGGGCACGAGUAACUUCGUCAUGGCCAAUGCAAGAUUCCGUUUUUCUUUUAAUCAAUGGGCAUAACUAUGUGUAGUGAUGGAUUUGCUUUCACCUGCUUGUGGAAAAAUGAUGGGUUUGUGUUAUACAAGACAAAUCCAAAAAAUCUGCUUAUUUUGGUUUUUGUAAUGUCGAUAAUAGUAUUGGUGGUGAGUUCAUUCAAGAAAACUAACAUUUCUAGCUUCGGAAAUCUUUGUUUGAUAGUGUUGAGGUGAAGCCAAUUGUUAAAUUCAACCCAAAAGCAAUUGAAUUGAAGCACUUAGACAUUUUAGCUCGCGUGUACUCGCAAGGGCAUGUGUAAAUUGGUCAUGGCUAAUGCAAGAUUCCAUUUUUUCUUAUUAUCAAUGGGCGGCGUAAUAAUGCGUAUUGAUGGAUAUGCUUGCUCCUGCUUGUGAAAAGAUGAUGGGUUUAUAUUAAAUAAGAUAAAGACACAUUUGAGAUAUGAUUGAGCUUACAUAUUUGUUAGCAAGAUUAAUCUUUAUUAUUUAUCAAAAUAUUUUUUUUUUCCAUGAUGAUCAUGUUCUGUGACUGUCUCGAGUAUCCCAACACAUUAUGUAGCUCUCGUUAUCUGAGAAAAAUUCUCUGUCCCGUAUGCUUUUGUUGUUAUCCCAGUACUGGGUAAGUCAGGGGAACAAAUGGUGUGACACAUGCAAGAUUUUCAUAUCGAAUAAUCUGGCCAGCAUUAGGAAUCAUGAGUUCGGUCAACGGCACAAGGAUAAUGUUUCCAAGAGGCUUAAUGACAUGCGGGAAGAGAAAGCCGCGAAAGAUAAGGCAGAAAAGCAAGCGGCUCGUGUCCUCGAACAAAUUGAAGCUAAAGCAAAGCGCAGUUAUCAGAAAGAUUUGGAGAGUUUUAAGGAGGCAAGAGAGACUAAUGCGCAGGCACUUAUUACUGAAGAUAAAAAUCAAGGAACUUCUGAUGGUUCAGCUAUGCCUGGAGAUUGGGAAGUCGAGAGCUCAUCUGGCUACUACUAUAACCGAAAAACGAGCUGUUACUAUGAUCCUAACUCUGGCUUCUACUAUACAGAAGCUCUAGGUAAAUGGGUGACUCAAGAAGAGGCCUUUGCUUCCUUUCAAGCUUCCCCAGGGCCCACUCAGCAAAAACCUAAUUCGGAAAACAAUAAAACUGCCUCGACUUCCGAAAGUGGGGCCCCACCUGGACGUGUGGUGUCGACACCGCCUAACCCAAUGAGGUCCGUGAAAGGGGCUCAAUCGUCCAUCGCUGUUAAGAGAAAACGAGCAGACGAGAAAACCAAACCCAUGUCCAAAGAGGAGGCGGAAGCUCGUAAGGCGAGGGAGGCCGCCAGAAAACGAGUCGAGGAGAGAGAAAAACCGCUGCUUGGUCUUUACAAGCGCUGACGAUAUUCGUGGUUUUUUUUUUCUUUUUUUUUCUCAGUGUUUGAAGAGAGAGGUCGUGUUUCGACAAACGGACAAAAAAUGAAAUGGAAAGUGGUAAGGCUUGUUUGUUAUGGUUGUAAUUGAAGUGUUCGUCUGGACUCUCGUGUAUUUCCGAAUAUGACACGUUUAUGAAUUAAGGAGUCGAACUCGGUUUGUAAACGAUUCUUACACUGUUGACAAAGAGCUUCCAACGUAAACACGACAACGUUCAGGUUUUUUGUUCACGAACCGACUUUUGAAAUCUGCAAAGUACUGAGAAGGAGCUUCUAGCGUAAACACGACGAAAUGUAGGUUUUUUGUUCACGAACCUACUUUUGAAAUCAGAGGAGG